AUGACCUUUGAGUGCGGGAGUGACCCGUUGUUCUUGGGCUUGGACUUGUCUACCCAACAGUUGAAGAUCAUCGUCACCAACGCCUCGCUCAAGGCAUUGAAUACAUAUCAUGUAGAAUUUGACCAACAGUUUAAAACUAAGUAUAGCAUUCAUAAGGGUGUCAUUGCUGGUGAAGAUGGCGAGAUCAUCUCUCCUGUGCACAUGUGGCUAGAUGCCUUGGACCAUGUCUUUGAACAGAUGAAGAAAGACAAUUUCCUGUUUGAGCGGGUGGCCGGAAUCUCGGGCUCUGGUAUGCAACACGGCUCUGUGUUUUGGGGCUCCCUGGCCUCAAGUGCACUCAGUCUGAUGGAUUCCUCGCGUCCGUUGUCUGAAUGCUUGCGCGACGCUUUUGCUUUGGAAACAUCGCCCAAUUGGCAGGAUCAUUCGACCGGCGCCGAGAUGCGCGACUUCGAAAAGGUCGCUGGUGGUCCUGACGGUUUAGCCGAGAAGACUGGCUCUAGAGCACACUUCCGUUUCACUGGUCUUCAGAUUAGAAAGUUGGCAGUUCGUUCCGCCCCAGAGACAUACAAAGCUACCGAGAGAAUUUCAUUGGUGUCCAGCUUUUUGCCCUCUGUGUUCCUUGGUGAAAUCACUGGCAUCGAGGAGGCAGACGCCUGCGGAAUGAACUUGUAUGACUUGUCCACCCGCCAGUUCGAUGACGAAUUGUUGGCCGUCGCAGCAGGAACCCACCCUGUAUUAGAUGGUGUCUCAGAAAGUGAAAGAGAUGCUGGAGUGAAGGAACUCAAGCGCAAAUUGGGCCAAAUUGUCCCUGUGGGAUAUGAAGCGCUCGGAAACAUUUCGGAAUAUUUCUGCAAAAGAUACGGCUUCAAGCAGUCAACAAAAAUAUACUCGUUCACUGGUGAUAACCUUGCUACAAUCAUUUCAUUGCCUUUGGAAGAAAAUGACAUCUUGAUCUCGUUGGGAACUUCAACUACAGUUCUUUUGGUUACUGAGCAAUGUGUAACUUCUUCACAAUAUCAUUUAUUCAAACAUCCUACAAUUUCAUCGGCCUAUAUGGGCAUGAUUUGCUAUUGCAAUGGCUCAUUGGCCAGAGAAAAGGUACGUGAUGAAUUGAACAAAAAGCAUGAUUGCGAGCAAGAUAGCUGGGAAAAAUUUAAUGACAUUCUAGACAAAUCAAAAAGCUUUGACAACAAGCUAGGUAUCUACUUUCCAUUGGGAGAAAUUGUUCCUAGUGCACCAGCUCAGUAUAUGAGGAGUGCGUUUAAAAAUGGCAAGGUCGAGACUGUUGACUCGUGGGAAGUUGAGGAGGAUGUCACUUCUAUCGUGGAGUCUCAAACCAUCAGUUGCAGAAUGAGGGCCGGCCCAUUGUUGUGCAGCUCCAAUACAUCUGAAGCAGCUGACGUAAAGCCAGAGUUCAAGAAGAUCUACGACGAUUUGCACGAAACUUUUGGAGCUAUCUACACCGAUGGCAAAGAACAAACAGCCGGAUCUUUGACUUCUAAGCCAAGGAACGUGUUCUACGUUGGCGGUGCCUCCAAGAACUUGAGCAUCGUUAACAAGAUGAGUUCAAUUUUUGGCGCCACGAAAGGAAAUUACCAGAUUGAAAUCCCCAACGCCUGCGCUUUGGGUGGUGCCUACAAGGCUAGUUGGAGUUACUAUUGUGAAGAAAAAGGAUUAUUGGAGGACUACAACAAGUACUUGCGUCUGUACUCUGCGUUUGAUAAUUUAGAGAAGCUUCCAGUUACCGAUAAUUGGGCCGACUAUUUCCCUGCGAUGGGCAUGUUGGCAAAAAUGGAGAGCGAGUUGAAGCAUGAGUGA